GCCCUGCCGCUGCCGUCCGCCGCCUACGCCCGACAACAGGUCGACAGUGAGUGGUACGCCGAAGAAGCGGAAGCAGAAAGCGGCGCUGCGGCGGAUCGAGUCGGAGGACGAACCAUCGGACGGUAAUGAAUCGCCGGCGUACGCCCGUCUCCCGCCCGAACAGAGAAUGUCGAAGGAGAAACAAAAGUUUUUCAGAUUCUCAGCGUUCAAUCUCGUCAAGCGUCGCCGUUGCAGGGGUUCCUCUAGCGAGUGGGAGGGCUGGGAGGGCCGCUCGCGCUGGGGUGGGGUUAGGGUAACCCGGGUGCAGCGUGUCGAGCUCCAUCUGGAGAGGCGAGGCGACACUCCCUCCGACGCCGACGAGUCCUCCACCGAUUCGGAGCCCUCGGAGCCGCCACUACUGCGCGCCUUGCAGGCCUACGUACCUCCCGCGCCCCCUCCGAAGCCUCACGUUCCGACGAUCUUUGAGCGCCUAGCCACGGAUUCGGGACCUGGUGGAGUCUGGGGAUUUGCCGCCGAAGCUCAGAAGCAACGCGAUAAUGCUGUACCCUCGACCAGCCCUCGAGAGAACACUGUGCCCUCCCCGCGUCUCAAUGUACAUCCCGAAGAAACGAAGCCGGCCGCAAACGUCACGGAUCGACGUCGGCGGCGCAGCAGAUGCGGCGACAGAUUGCUGACUACCCUUUUCGACGGCCUUUCUGAGUUUUACUCUGUACGCACCGCCUCUCGCUCACAAUCGCGACAUCGGACCGAGAGGAGCAAGGAUACUGAAGACCGACAGGUUCUCAAGGAGACGAGGAGCACAUUCAAACGCUACCAGGCGACGCUCAAACGCGAGCAACCGGAGACUCAGAGAAGGAGCCCAUCAAGGCCGAGGACGAGUCCCGAGAGGGCGGCGAGUCCCCGCGAUGUGGCGGGUGUGACAGAAGUGUGCGGUGUGGGCGGUGUGGCCGGUGUGGACGAUGUGAGCGAGGUGGGAGGCGUGAGGGAAGUGAGUGCGUCGCAGCUGGUGCGGUGCGCGGCGAUGAGCAAAGAGUGCCUAUCGGCGGCGGAGGCCGACAAACUGUACCGAGGGCUCGCGAUGGCGGCUCGGCCAGCGGGCGGAGACCGGCCGGCCACCAAUCAGACGGAUGGCAUGCGGUUGCCGGCCGGGGUGACGGAGGCGGAUGCGGAGCUAUUCGCGCAGGCCCGGCUGAGCGCGGGCGCUGUGCCAGGCGCGGAGGCGGAGCCCGCGCCCACUCCCGCCACGCCCCACACGACCGCGGCCACGCCCCACGUGCCCCACGCCCCUCACACGCCUCACGCGCCCCCCGCCCCGCGCUGUCCCUCCGCCAUCGAGUUCGGCCAGUGGGAGAUCGAGACAUGGUACUCCAGUCCCUUCCCACAGGAGUAUGCGAGAUUACCAAAACUAUUUCUUUGCGAAUUCUGCUUGAAGUACGCGAAGAGUCGUGCGGUGCUGAUGCGGCACCUCGACAAGUGCCUGUGGCGACAUCCGCCCGCCACGGAGAUCUACCGGUGCGGGGACAUCUCCGUGUUCGAAGUGGACGGCAACGCUAACAAAAUCUACUGUCAGAACCUCUGUCUGCUCGCUAAACUGUUUUUAGACCAUAAGACGCUCUACUACGACGUGGAACCUUUUUUGUUCUACGUACUGACAAAGAACGACAGCAAAGGGUGCCAUUUGGUUGGCUAUUUUUCUAAGGAGAAGCAUUGUCAGCAGAAAUACAACGUGUCCUGUAUAAUGACGAUGCCGCAGUAUCAGCGGCAAGGCUACGGGAGAUUCCUCAUCCAUUUUAGUUAUUUACUAUCGAAAGAAGAAGGACAACCGGGCACACCGGAAAAACCGUUGUCGGAUUUAGGAAGAGUCUCCUAUCAUGCAUAUUGGAAGUCUGUGAUUCUCGAGUAUCUAUACGAUCACAAAGACAAGUCGUUCACUUUCGAGGACAUCGCAUUGACGACAGGAAUGCAUAUGAACGACAUUGGAGUAACCUUCCAGUUGCUCGGCUUUGUAAGAUACGUACCCGAUAAUGACUCGAUGAAAUUAGGUAUCUGCGUUGACUGGAAUAGAGUUGAAAAUCACACAAAGAAAGUAAGAAGCAAGCCAAGACUUGAAAUCGACCCUGAAUGUUUAAGAUGGACUCCUCUAUUGGCACCAACAGUGAAUCCGUUCAGAUCACCAGAGGAAGGGUCGGGUGAUCAAGAAACGGAGAACGACGAGACUGAAAUGAAAACUGAAAGCGAAGAAACCGCAACAGAAUCUGAGCCUACCACAAAUAAGUCGGAAGUGAAAUCCAAAUCCGAAAAAGAUUUGGAACCAGUCGAGGUGACAUCUUCUGGUAGGAGACGAACGCGGCCGCUUAAAUAUAGUGAAUCGACUUAUCAAACCACUCCUACUAUUAAUGAUGGUGCUCGUAAAAGGAAACGGGAUGUCAUUCGUAAAAUCUCUGAAAGUAAUAAUGAGGAGGAAAAAAGUAAGGAUGACGAUACAUCAAGAUUUCAAAGAAGCAACAGCAUCGCUCGUAGAUCUUCUCGAGCCGCACAGAUCAGACUCAAUAACACGAGCAGCAUACAAAGGAGCAGGCGGCGGAGCGUCAAGGAACUUUCCUAUGCAUCUGACAGCCAGGAAAGUCAAGAGAGUAUGGAAAAUGAAAUUAACGAUAUUCCAGUUGUUAACACAGAAAAGGCUAAAACGAAAAGAAAACUUGCAUGGCGUGGCCGGCAGACUAAGCGACAAAAAGUCAACCAAGCUAAUACUCCUAGAAGUAGCUCACCUGAAGCAAAGAAACUUAAAAUUAUUGAAAAUAAUGAGGAUGUUCCGGAUCAUAAAACAAACGAUUCUCCAAAACGUACAAACAAUAUUCUAUCUGAAGCUAUUGAAAAACAAGACCAAGCUGUUAAAAAUAGGGUCGAAGACAAAGCGGAUGAUAAGGGCAAGAACUCUGAUGCUAGCUCAGAAGAUUCGUCAGGGGAGGCCGAUGACGAGAUGGACGUAGAGGAAGGCGAGGACAGACAGAGUGUGGCCAGCAAGCCGGCGACGCCCCGACACUUGGAAGAGAACAGCACAGACCAUCACACUAGUGACAUGGAACUUGACAGCAUUCACAUGGACUCGCCCAAAUCCAUUGCUGAAAAAGAUCAAGUAAUAAAUGAAACUUCUACUGCUGAGAAACCCAACCAAGAAGAUAAUACUAAGAUGGAGGAUGUUCCUGAAGUUAGGAAAGUAACUUCAGAGGAUAAAGUAACUACAUUAGUGACCAGUGAACAUAAAGAUGACCCAAGUAAACCAAUAGAAGACAGGAAUGGUAAAAUAGUUGAGCCUGUAAAACCAACUCUCGACGACAAGGACACGAUAGUUAUUUCUGAAUCAGAUGACAACAACAGCCAGAGUUGUCCAUUGCCUUCUCCAAAGCCUAACAAUUUGCUUCCUCCGACUCAUUCAAAUGAGAUUCAACCUCCAGUGGUUGAAGAAAGCCCGAGUCCUAUGAAAGUUUUACCAGUGGUUUCCACAGAAAACUCUCAUAUUGUUAUUGAUGCUAAAAUCACAGACGAAGUGCCUAAUAAUAGACCACCUGUUGAUUUAAUUGUUCCAAAAAUUCAUCACAUUGAAACAAUAGUUGUUGAAGGAGAAUCAGAUAACUCUACGUCACCGUCGACGACAGUUUCUCCGAAGAAAAAUGAGAAUUCUAUUAUUAGCGAGAGCAAACAAAAGAAACCGGAGGAAGAAAAUAAAGAAACUGUCUCUGAGCAGAAGAAAUGUGAGGUCCGGAAAGAGACAGUUAUACAACAUCAAGUCACUGAAGAACUUAAGCCACCAGAGAAAAAGUCUCCUAACAAAAUAGAAUCAAUUGUACAAAAUCUAGAUCCUAAUAGAGACUUAGUAACUAACAUAAAGAAACCGGAUCCACCAAAAAUAGAUACGAUGGCAGAGCUUGAAGUGAGAAGCAAACCACAACUUCCAAUGAUCAGUAAGGAGAAUGAUUUGCCUUUCAGAAGCGAUACGACCACCAGUAUGAGGAAAGAUGAAAUUGUCAUAUCUAGAAAUGUCGUGGAGAGUAGCAUGCAGACUUACCAUAAUGAUGUGAGCAACUCGAUGACGAUACAACCUAUUAAUACGUAUUUAAAUCAUAGACACCCCGUCACCAAGGAGUCGCAAGGUGUACAGACAGAUAAGGUUCCGCAUAAGAUAAACGAGCAGAACCGUAUCAUAAAUAGUAUAUCUGAUACUCCAAUUGUUAGCAAAUGUACGACAAAAUUAGAGGUGCCUCAUCCAAUUACUUCUCCGGUAAUUAAUCCAGUUAUACCAAAAAUUCCUAAUGUGACCGACAUAAACUUCCUACCGCGCUGUCAGAGCGCUAACGCCGCAGUUAACCUCGGCCUGGACAGACCCGACUUGGACACGAAUUAUACAAACAGCAAUCCAUUGCAUAACCCGCUGGCUGCCACUAUGAAUAUUAUACACGCUAAUGCUCAUGACGUUAAGAGUGAUCUGAAUCAGAAGCCGAGGGAGAAAAGCAAGUUACGUGAUGUCAGGGUCAACUCUGCGCACAGCAAACUUGAGAAAAUUGAUAAGAAAACAUCAAAAAACGAGACUCCCAGAAGUACGCCAGAGCUUAAAAUGUUUUUUCCGGAUCACAACGUCAACUCGCGAAAACCGGAGACGUCUGUCCCUAUAAACGUUAUAAACAGCGUCGCCGUCACCAGCAAAGCGGAAGCCAAGCCCGCUAACGAGACGCCGAAGAAACAAGAUUUUUUCAAGAAGGAGAAAUCGAAUGCCGCCAAGUGCGACUCGAAGAAUAGUUCCAAUAAACAUGACAAGAGUUGUCCCGUACAACUGAAUCUUAAACCGGAUCAAAAUGAUUUGAAUAAAAUGCUACCAAAAUUUAAGUACGACAAUGAGUUGGUUCCGAAAGCAGACUACACUAUGAAUCAGAUACCAAACUAUCACACCACUCACGCGCAGUAUCAGUGGCCGGCCUGGGACCCGCGGCUUCAGGGCACCUGGGAUCCCAACCGGUUCCUGGACAUGAAGAGCAACGAUAAGAACUAUUUAGACAAAUUUCAGGGGUUCAAUCUUCCGCAUUUGGAUCAGAUGCAAAAAUCUCCCCAGAAACUUCCAAAAUAUGACCAGAAAGAUUUCCAUAACCUCGCAUACGGUGCCCUGUCGAGCGGGAUCUAUGGGGCCACUGGAUUGCCGCAUUUCAAAGAGACCAAGAUUCCCACGUCGAAAGCGGAGUGCGCUCAGAAAUCUGAGUGCAAGCCGAGUAAACAGUCAAAAACGACGACGGCGUGCCAGACCCAAUGCGACUCUAAGAAGUCUCAGGCACAGGCGCACGCGGCGGAGGCCCAGCUGAAGCAGAUGAUGCAACGGCAGGUAAACAAGCAACAGGAGGUGGCAACGAGCUGCGCGGAGUUCAGGCAGCAGAGUCCUCAGGUGCUGACCUCGCCCGGCUGCAAGACUCCCUUCAACCAGAACGGGCCUUGCGGUCAGGAAAAGACAGAGAUCGAAAAGAAGUCUCGACAGCAAUCGAAGAAGGAGGAAUCGUCGAAAGACAGCAGCAAGGAGGAGAUGUGCGAGGCGGUGAGCCCGGCGCUGCAGUCGAUGGGCGUGUACACACCAGACUCGACGAGCAACUCGGUGCAUUCGGUUCAGUACCCCGCGUGCGAGCUGGACGUGAGCCAGCUAGGGCUGGAGUCGCCCACCAGUAUCGGCUCCGACCUCGCCUCGCCCUGCUCCAUGAUGCACAUGCACCCCGCACCUAGCCCGCAGUACCCGCACUCCUCCAUACACAUACCCUCCAUCAUGGCGCAGACCAACCAGCCAGCCAAGCAGCAGAAGAUUAACAAUCGAAAUAGGAGCGGUGCGCAGAGCGGGACCGGCGCGGACAGCAAGGCGCUGCGCGGUGCCGCCACUCCGCCCGCGCGCCACCGCGCCACGCCGCCACACCAGGCCCAUGUAGUGUCGGGCACUAACGUGUCGUCGCUGUAUGCAGGCGGCGUGGGGGGCGGGGCGAUGCAAGGCGGGGGCGGGGCGGCCGCGGGUGGCGGCUACCAGGGCGGAUACCUGUCCUUCCAGCAGCAACAGCAGUACCACGGCGGCUGGGCACCCUCGUGCUCGCUCACCAAGCUGCAGCAGAUGGCCGAGGCGCCGCAGCACCAUCCGCCGCACACGCCGCCCGCUCCCAAUGCACCGCAGUACGGUCAGCAGUCGGGCACGCCGCCGGGCGGGCAUUACCACGCCGCCAAGUACUACACGCCCGCGCACAACCAGCUAGAGUCGCCGAGGAACGCGAGGAACGCACCCAGCAACCUGAGUCCGAUGCAGCACAUGCAGAUGGCGCCAGGGUCGCGCAUGUCUCCGAACAUCAACACGCACAUCAUCAGCCAGUACGGGCUGAACGGGUACCGCGUGCCGCCGCAGCAGCAGUUCAACAACCUGCAGAUGAUGAAUGUGCAGCCCGGCGUGCAGUACGGCGGCGCAGACCCGCGCGCGCAGCAACCCAAUGUGUACGCGUACGCCGGCUACAUAAACCCCCCGCCGCCGCCUCUCGCCAUGCAGACCCUCAACUCCACCAUGCGUCGGUAGCGCCCCCACACACCACGGACACAAUAAUAACUAUCUUUAUGUAUCUAUCAAAGAUAUUUGGAUAUAUAUAUUUUAUAUUUUCGUCUUCAUUUGGAUGAUCACUUUUUGGAGGAAUCACACAUUGAAGUUAAAUCCCUUUUAAAUGUUAGUUCCGAGACAUUUUAUUACUUAAUAUUUUAUUUAAAUGAAUAACUGAAAUUUAUUGUCCAAAAACUCAAAAUAACCUAAAGGGAUAAAUGUACAUUUUCAAAGACUUAAGUAUUUAUUUAUGGAUCUUGUGAUGAAGUGUUUAACAUUAUGUUUGUGUAGUGAUAUUGGUGCGUAUUGUGAACAUUGGUGAAGUGCUAUACACAAGUCUACAGUGCCCGCUGACACUCAAACCUGACCAAAAACAACGGAUUGUAUUAUAGUUUAAGGCAUAGUACAAAUAAUGGUAAAGCUUUUGUUAAAAUUAAUUUGUACAUAAAAAUUUUUGAUUAACACAUAACACCACUUUGGUUGCCUUAACGCCCGAGCGAGCAGAGCCGUGCGAGAGCUCUGUCCUGUGGGAACUUUACAUCACAAAUUAUUGUGCAAUUAGUGAAAGAUAGUUCAGACAAUAACAGCAAUGUCACUCCGAAUACGCCUGAUGUAGCCAAUGUAUGAAUAAACAUCGAUUUUUGAGUGCUGGUUCUGUGGAUAUUUGUUGGCUGCCCGAAAGGCAACUGUUGCAUUGCUGUUAUUCUAAACUAACUUUCCAUCUUAGUCUACAUAGAUGAUGGAAUAUCUGUAUUUUGUUAUCUUAUUAGUGAUAUUAACAUCACAAUAAGGACUGUGUGCUUGUUUUACACAUAAAUACGUACUGUUAUAUAUAUGGCAGCUUUUGUAUAUCUCGUGUUGAGAGACCCCAUAUCUCCUCAUUCUUAUGUCCAUUUCGAAGCUGAGUAAAGUACAAAAUUUCAUAUAAAUUGUAUUUGAUACUGUUUGUAAUUGGGUGAGGAUAGUGUAAGGUGUAGUGCAAUAAGUGUAUUCUACGAGAGUUUUGUAUCGGAGGAAGAGGGACACCCUAAUGUGAUAGUCUAUCAAGUGAAGUGCAGUAGGGCGCGUGCGGGGACCUCGCCGCGUAUACAAAGAGAUAUAUAUAUACAGCAUUGAUAAGUUAAAUCCUGUUAGUCUGAUGUUUUCGUUUCCACUGUAAAAACACAUGUACAAAAACAUCAAAUUCUAUUUGACAUAAUUAAUAUGUUUUUGAAAGAGUUUUGACAGUGAAAACCUUAAGGAACAACAUGUAAAUAUUAUCAAAUUUGUAACUAAUUAUUUAUUCAGAUCAUUGAAUCAUCAUUUCAUUUGUCAGCUGCCAUCAAUUUAUAAAAAUGUCGUCGGCAUAACUAAUAUUGUUAAACAGAUUUUGUAUUAUAUAUUUAUGAAAAACAAGGUUGGCUGUUGAUUAAGAAUUGAGGCAAACACUUUGCUUAUGGUGGUAUAUCUCUUUGUGCACGCUGCGUUGCAUCGGACCUGAAAUCAUAAUAAUUUCCAAAGAAACAAUUAAGUAUUAAGUGUUUGAAUUAUGUUGCGAGGGCAAUCAUCUUGAAUAUGUCCAAAUUGUAGAUUUGAUGUGAAUUUAUUUGGGACCUCUCGGCACCUAUCUGUAUAUCCUGUUUGCGGACGCGAGACCUUGUUUGUGUACAUUUCUCUGUACAGUCGUUUUAAUAUUAUUUUCGUUAUAAGUUUCGUCUGUUCUUUGAAGUGCCUCAUCUCCUGUAUGCUUAAUUUCUAUGUAAGAUAUUGUAAAUGGAAUGCUUUUACUUAAUGAAGGCUGUAUACAUACACGAGUAGGGUAUUUGUAUAUGAUGACGUCACAUCGCAGCCGCCCCCUCCCGCGCCCCUCCCGGCGGGUGGUGGGCCGCCCAGCGGACGGUUUUAAUUUAAUUUUUUUAAACUUUUUGUAUUCUUAUUUUUUUUAUAAUGAAAUAGCUUUUAAUUGUUUUACGUUACAGCUAGUUAGUAUAUGUAAGGUUCGUUUAAUUAUGUUGGUGUUAUCGCAGUUAAUUUAUUGCCAAAUGUUGGACGGACCAGCGGCGCGCCGGCGUCGCUCCGGGGCCGCGGCGCGUAUUCUCCAAGAUCUGCUCCUCUAAGGUUAUGAAUGUUAUUUGUUACUAAUGUGUAGAAUAUGAAAUAUUGUAAAUAUUUUUAACAAUAAGAUACUUGUAGCAGGUGUUAUUACACAAAAUAUAAUUUUGUG